AGAAGAAGAAGAAGAAGAAGGAGAGGAGGAGGUGAACGUCUGUGAACGAAAUACGAACGAGUUUCUCGAGGAGACAAAGAAUAUUGAAAACUUUCAGGUAGAAAUCCUAGAAAAAUGGCGUCGUCGGAGGAUCAAGAUUUGAUAGAUCUUGGUAAUGAUUUAUGUUUGGCAAGAGUAUCAAUAAAUGAUCCAACACCAGAGGAACAGGAACAUUUAUUGGACGUUUGUCCACCUAAGUUAGAACAGAAGUUGUCCCUGACCGUGAAACAGGAACAAGUUAAGAACGAUAGUGAUAACGGUGAUGUCUUGGUAACCUUGGGCCAUGAUCAGGUUGUACCAAUCCGGAAACGAAUUGACGUUGUCUCUUCGGAUACAAUUAAAAGGAUACGUGACAUAACGAGAAACCUCGAACCGGUUAUCAGGAGAACUUGUUCAGGAAUCAUACAAGAUCAUCGUGACAUUGUAGAUCAUGCUAAUAAUUCUGAAAACAUUAUAUCUAAUAACGAGGAUGAAACAUUUGUAACUCAACAAAUCAACAAUGCGUUUGAUUUUCUCACUGAACACGAAGAGGACAAUAACGAGGAUCAGGGUGAUUGCAAUCGAUACGACGACGUUGUAGGAUCAAACAUGUCGAUUUCAUCACCUGCCAGACCAUUAAUCGACAAAUUUGAAUCCUCCGUUGUUUCAAUGGACAAUCGUCGUAGAAGAAAUACCGAUAAUUACGAUGACAUACAACUUGAUAAUCCAGCAUUCGAAUCUUCCCUUUACGAAGUAUCCUCUUGUUCUGGGAAUGCAGUUGGCAAUUCAUGUUUCGUUGAUUUUGAUCUUAAACUUGGGGAAAAGUAUAAGAGACGUGCACAAGAUGAAAGUGUUUUUACACGUGAUAGCAAAAGAAGAUCUUUCAGUAUGACCAAUCGUAAAUCAUGGGCAGAAGGAACGAAAGGACAUGGUUCUAAGGAUAUUGGUAGAAUCAACAGAUCUCUUAGUCUGGAAGAAGCUGCUCAAUAUUGUGAACCAGUUGUUGGAUUUUUUAUUGGAAAAAGACCGGAUGAGGAAUCAACGAUUAGAUCGGAGGAGGCUUGUUCGGAUUGUUCAGAAGUCGAUUGGUCGUGGUUAGAGGAAGUGGAGAACCUGCGGGCAUCGGGUACGUCCAAGCACGGCGCGGGUUCACCGGCCAAUGAGAGAUUCGAAUUGGUGGGGAGAAACACGUCGUCCUCGGUUACGGAGAAGUCGACAGAACGCAGGCGCGAAACCGAGGAUCGGCUUGAGGAAACGAGUCGCAGUGCAGCGAUGUCCGUCGUCACCGUGUCGUCAACGACGGCCACAACCAAAUCCUUAAUCGAUAAUCAUUCAAGAUCAGAUAACGUUGAUAAUCAAAAUAACAAUAAUAACAACAAUAUAUUCGUUAAUAUUAAUGGAACUAACGAUGAGAUCGAAACGGAGUCCCGUUAUAACGAUACGAACAACGAUCUCGAAUCAAAUACCAACAGUAACAACAACAACAACAACAAUAAUAACAGUAACAGUAACAGUAAUAGCAAUCGCGUUACGAAUUCAUGGAUUCGCGCCUCCAUGAGACGACUACGUCAUUUGAGAUUACCAGAAGGAACAGUAGAACAUAGACAACAGAGGAACGUGGAACCAACGACCAAUCGGAGAUCGGCAAUAGUUUCGGCGCCAAAUUCAUUGCCAGAUAUCGCAUUGGUUGCACCGGAAAUUUUAGCUGCCCAAACCAAUGGUACUUCGGGUCAUCAUCUGAGACCAUCUAGUGCACCAGCUGUUAAUCGUAACAACGUUGGGAAUAAUUCUAAUACGAAUUCUAAUAACGUUAGUGGUGGUAGUGGUGGUGGUAGUGGUAGUUCUAGUGGUAGUGCUAGUGGUGGUGGUGGUGGUGGUGGACGACCAGGACGACAACACGGCUGCGCUGUAACCAAUAAUUCUACCACCUCGUCGAACAACCCUACUACUUCUCCUAUCAUCAGCGUUGCUACUCCUUCCACCAGGUCCACCAGGUGUAUUUCAAACGCCCUAAGAGACACUACUUCUUCUGUACAAAGCAGUGUUACAUCAACCACUACCGGAAGCGACGCAACCGGAUCAUCCGGAACCACGACCUGCUCCAGCUCUUCCAACGGUUCACCAGCAAGCACGGCGACCAGCUCGCAACGCGCUACCUCCAGGAGGACAUGCGAAAGACAGAGGGGCAUUGACAGGGAUACUGACAGAGGUGAAGAUGACGACGAAGAUGAGAAUCCAUUGGGCAGGUGGCCACAUGAACUUAGUCCAGCAUUGGCUUGUCUUGGUUGUACACUUGGUCUAUUCAAUAUCAGUAGAUUCGCCAUUCUUAGUAUACAAUUUGGAGCCAACUUUAUAGUACAGUUCUUGAUAUUAUCCUUGAUACUUGGAAUACCAUUAUUGACGCUUCAAGUAUGCCUUGGUCAAAGAUUAGCAACCGGAUCAGUCGACAUGUGGAAAAUUUCACCACUCUUUCAAGGAGUUGGUAUAGCAUUGUUAACAGCACAUGCAUUUAUUGGAAUUUACAGUAUUGUGGGUGUAUCUUGGAUGUUCGUAUACUUCAGGGAUUCGUUUAUCACGAAACAAGAUAGGUAUCGUUGGGCAGAACCAUUUCUUUUGUAUCGAGAAGACAGUAAACCUACGCACAAUAGUAGUACUACGUAUAAAUUAUACGAAACUGUACCGGAUUAUUUCAGUGGUGCCGUUUUACAAAGGCACCAUUUGAACGAGUCUGAUCCUGGUGUUGUUACAUUGAAAUUUCAAGUUGCAUUUAAUUUAGCUGUCGUAUGGAUGAUCGUAUUUGUAUCUUUAAGUAAAGGUUUGAGAUCAUAUGGAAAGGUGGUCUACGUUUUUACAUUAGUACCUAUUUGUGGUACUUUAAUUCUUUGUACUAAAUUACUCGGACUAACACCACCUGGUUCAAUUAGUCAGCUGUUUCCUGGCACCGUUUGGAAUGAAUUUUUCAUUAACGGUAAAUCAUGGGUGGCCGCUUCCACCGAGGUUUUCCUUACCUGGGGUUUACUUGGAGCAGCUGCAAUGCAGAUAGCCGCUCAUAACAAACAUAAACAUCUUUUACAAAGAGACACCAGUUUGGUCGUGGUAUUGACUUUUGUUGUUUUACUUCUUGUUGCCUUUUUGGCCAAUACCUGUGUACAAAUUCUCAAACUUCAUGGAUACAUUUAUACGACUAGUUCAUUUGAGAGAAUAUCAGGCUACACGUUCAUGCAUUUGGUCAAUCAACCAGCACCAUCCUGGUACACGAGUACACCAGAAAGAUUUAUGUCUCACGCAUCAUUCCUAGUUGGACAACGAAUUAGUAGACCUGGUGCUGAUAUUUCUACCGAGUCUGGUUAUCAAGUAUUGAGAUUUUCAACUGAAUUAGUACCUGCCACUCUAGCUUUGCUAGGGACCGAGCAAGUCUCACCAUUUUGGGCUGUAUUAUUCUACUUCGUUUUAAUUUUAUUUGGAAUAGCUCAACAGCUCGCAAUAUGGCACUGUGUGAUAACUGGUAUAAUGGCUAUCAACACGAAGAUGAUGAAAUUGUGGGAAACUACUAUAACAUUUUUUAGCUGCGCCUGUGCUUACAUUUUGGGUUUACCAAUGGCUACAGAGUUGGGCAUUUACGUAGUGUAUUAUCUGGAUUAUACGGUUGGUGGUGCAUGGUGGAUAAUGGUUCUAUACUUGAUACAAGUCGCUGCUGUCUUUGCUGUAAGAGGACGACCACACAGUGGAGAAGCUGUAGUUGCUGAAUUAUUUCCACCAACGGGACGAUGUCUUAGACAUUGGGCUGGCCCACUUCUGUCCUUCACGUGGAAUGUUAUAUUACCAGUGACUUUAAUGGUACUAAGUAUUACCGUGUUCAAAAAUUACGGAUAUCGAGAGUUUUUUUCUUAUCGUCGAACGAACAAAGAAUACUGGGCUGUAUGGGCGAGACAAUUGGGAGCAGCGAUACAAUUAAUCCCGUUAUUAACGAUCCCAGCUGUAGGAGUAAUACAAACUUGUCGAUAUUUAAAUAACGGUUCACCUGAUACCGAUAUAUUCGACAACGAACAAGUGGAAAUUAGCGUAAGUCACUGCGAACAGUGCAAUGGCAGAAUUCAACUAUUGUAUCGUCCACCACUUGAAACUGAUGAUCCAGCGGAUACUCAAACACAAAUUGGUGGUAACGAUACCAGUACCAGUAUUCAUGGUAAUGGCAUAUUACCUACUACGACAGAUGUACCAUUCGAAGAUCCACCACCAAAAUAUACACCUCCACCCAGUUACACGACAGCAACUGGGGCAAGGAUAGCAAAAAUGUUGCGUCAAAGUUUUCGAAGAAGCGUUAGACGUAUUGCUAACGUUUUAGGAGAGAGUAGUGCACCAAGGCAAAGGCCAGCAUUGCAACCACCGCCACCAGAUUAUGCUACAGUUUUAGUUGAAAUGAAUCAGAAUACUCGUGGUCAUGGAGUAGUAGACGUUUCAAUAAACAUGAACAACGAGUCUAGGCCAGACGUGGUGGUAGCAACUACUAACAUUAGAAGAAGUACUCGCAAUGAAAGAUCCGCUACUGUACUUGGUAUCGGUGAUAAUAAUAGACACAGACCAAACACCAUUGACAGAAUGACUAGGAUCAAUUCUUUAGAUGGUAGUAAUAGAAGAGUCACCGUAGAACGUACGCAUUCCACUUUGGAAAGAGGAACUCGUAGCAGAGGAUGUAAUAAUAAUUUGACCAACAGUAAUAUUAUUUCAUCUGUUGCUAAUGCUGGCAGCACAAAUCUCACAGCAGCCGACGUGGCUAAUCUUUUGCGAAGUAGUAUCAGAAGAGGAACAACUAGAACCCAACAGUCCCUACGUAGAAGCUUCUGUCAAGACGAACCGACCGCGGCGGUGUCCGUUCAGAAUCUAGUCGAGGCCGCUGCGCCGAUCGGUCAAGACUCCUUGGUCCUUCCGAAGGACGUCUCUCUAGUCCCCAACGAACACGUCGACGAUGAUCGCGAUGACAAGAAGACUGCGGACGAAAUGGACAAUUCCAUUUCUGUGAUAUAGACUUCGUGUGUGUAUCCCUUCUUCUCCUCCUCCUCCUCCUGUAUUUUAAAUUACCCCAAUAACUUCUUCACAUUAUCCUUUUUCGUUCAUUCAAGCUUGCUACAAUACUCCUUUCUCAAAUAUCAUUCACAUCACACAACGCGACACCUUUGAAUAUUUUUGUCUUUCUUGUCGACUAAAAUAAAUUUGUUGACUACUUUGUCUUUGUUUACAUGUAAAUUAGUACAACACGCGUAUUUUGCUGUUUCUCUUUUUCUUUUGAAUUAGAAUUAUGUUUAUACUGUAUUUAUUUUUAAAACUAUUGUUUCUGUCCUAUUGUCUCGCGACGUAUUCUUAAAUACUUUUCACAUUUGUAUCAUUCACAGUUAUAUAUAUAUAUAUAUAUAUACCGUUGGAUGACCUUAAAAUAGUUUUUUUUUUCUUUAUUAUUCGCUCACGAAUAUAUUGUAAAUGUGUGUGUAUGUGUGUGUUCAAAAUGUCAUUUAAUUUAGCGGAAUUACUGCCUAGCUCUUCGACGUAAAGAUUAUUCUUGUCUUUAUUUCCAUGAGCAAAUAAUAAAAAGAAUUGAAAAAAAAAAAAAAGAAAUAUAAAAUAAA